UUCGAUCGCAGGUGCCCAAAUCUGAAGCGACUAGUCAUGCCAUCCUGGAACAAAAUAGAGAUUAAUGGUAUCCGCAAGGCCAUCGGCUGUUGGAAAGACCUUGAAUCCCUGACAAUAGGGAACAUAGAAUGGACCGAGUUUCUCUUCCUCUUAAAGGCGAUUUCAAACAACUGCAAAAUUUUCAGUGAGCUAAAGUUGAUAGGCGCCAGGAAUCCGACAUGUAACUUGGCUUUAGAACUAGUUAAAUAUCUUCCAAACCUCAAGGUUUUAAGCCUUCGAUGCUCAAUGUUCGUGAAGGACGCUUUGACCACGAUGCUAGACGGUCUGCAGAACCUGCAAGUUCUCAAUGUAUCGCAUUGCCUUGUUUUGGCUGAAAUCCCUCAGCGCGGUCAGGAUGUUGUAAUUGUUAAAGAGCUUGAUCGAUCCGUUGUUCACAAGGCUUCGAGGUUACGAAGAUUUAUAACAUGCAUGCACAUGCAGGACGACGACUCGUCGUGCGUCAUGUGCAUGAGGAACAGAAACGACGAGGGGAUCGUGAGGUGGUAUAGAUACGAAGAAGGGUUGUGGAAAGAAGAUGAGGUGAAAUCACUUGCAGUUUGAUUAAUCAAAGAAGAAGGGUUAUAUUGUAUGCGAUAUACAAAAAUAUAAUAAUGUCGAGUCUUGUUCUGGUAUAGCAAACCAAACUUGAUUGAUUCUUUCAAUUUUCACGUGUUAGGUUGCAGGCUGCGGCUAUACAUUAAAUUUGGCCCAUAUCCUCUAUUUUUGUUUUUAAUGUUUUUUAUUUUAUUUUAAACAAACGAUAUUAUUUAUAUUAAGAGGUAGUAAAUGAGCUAAAUCUCACAAUAGAUGAUUGAAACGAGUUAAAAUGUGCCUCAAUGAAAUGAGUCACAGA